AUGUCGCCGGCGCUGUCGAACGACGGCAGCCAGGGCAAGAACCGGCCGCGCACCCACACCCACAUCCACCCGCCCGUCUUCAACCCGCAGGCGCCGACACCGCGCAACCCGAACGGCACGGCGCCCGGCGCGUCCGACUUUGCGCCUCCCGGCGGCGGGCCGACGGCGCGCGAGGCGGCGGCCGGCUUCAAGGGCGACGACGACAACCCGCACCCGUGUCCGAUCAUCGGCUGCGACAAGAAGUUUGCGCGCAAGAGCGACUUCCUGCGGCACUACCGCAUCCACACGGGCGAGCGGCCCUUCGUCUGCCACCACGACGGGUGCAACAAGUCGUUUAUUCAGCGCUCGGCGUUGACGGUUCACAUGCGCGUCCACUCGGGCGAGAAGCCGCACGCGUGCCAGGACUGCGGCCGGCUCUUUUCCGACUCGUCGUCGCUCGCCCGGCAUCGGCGCAUCCACGCCGGCCUCAAGCCGUUCGCGUGCGAGAUGUGCGGCCACAAGAGCUUCUCGCGCAAGGCGACCUUGACGCGGCACCAGGCCAUCUGCCAGGGCCCGAACGGGCCCAUCACCAACGACGACGAGGAGGACGACGAGCUCGACUCGCCCGGGCCCGACGAGCUCGCAAUCGCGAUCCCGACGCCGCCACCACCGCCACCGC